AUACUGUGCUCUUCUUUCUUUUCUUGCUGCUCUGCUUCAACCUCCAUGGAAUUCAAGCUCAAGCUCCGGCUCUUCCUCUACCCCAGGCUGAAGUGGGAGCUCUUCGCGAAAUAGCUGAUCAGUUGGGGAAAAAGGAUUGGAACUUCCGCUUGAAUCCGUGUGAUGGGGACUCGAGCUGGAACACCCCACACCGUGACGAUUUGCCCAUCUAUCAAAACUCCCUUCUCUGCAAUUGUACAUAUGGUGAUGGUUUUUGCCAUGUCGAAACCAUGUCUCUUACUUCACAGGAUUUAGCAGGUGUCCUCCCUCCUUCCUUGUCAAAGUUACCUUUCAUCAAGAAAAUUGACCUUACUCGUAACUAUUUAAGUGGAACAAUCCCCCGUGAAUGGGCAUCUACCAAACUGCAGUUCCUGGGUGUUGCUGUCAACCAAUUAUCAGGACCCAUCCCAACAUAUGUGGGAAAUAUAACUACGUUAGCUAUAAUGAGUCUGGAGAAUAACAUGUUUAAUGGAACUAUUCCAAAGGAACUUGGGAAACUUGUCAAUUUAGAGAGACUUAUUCUUUCUGCAAACAAUCUCACAGGUGAGCUCCCAGUGGAAUUGAAUAAUCUGACCAAAUUGACAGAACUUAGGCUGAGCCGGAAUGUCUUCAGUGGGAGAUUGCCUAACUUUCAGGCUUGGAAAAAUCUUCAAAACAUAGAGAUUGAAGCUGGUGGGUUUGAAGGACCAAUACCUUCAAGCAUUUCUGUUUUGACAAAUUUAACUGAACUGAGAAUUAGUGACUUAAUUAGAGGUGCCUCUGUGUUUCCCAUGUUAAAAGACAUGACAGUCAUGACUAAGUUGAAGUUGAGGAGCUGUAAUUUAUCAGGGAAAAUACCAGAUUUUGUGGGCACUAUGACGCCAUUGCGUGCACUAGAUCUGAGUUUCAACAAUCUGGGAGGUGAAGUACCAAAUCUUGAUGGUCUGAGUAACAUGGAAAUGAUGUUACUGACGAACAACUCUUUCACUGGGCCUAUACCAGGUUGGAUAGUAAGUCGAGAUCCCAGAACGCAAAUAGAUAUUUCUUACAAUAACUUCAGUGAGAGUUCAGUUCCAUCAACUUGUAGCGAUAGCUUAAACUUGUUCAAAACCUUCCGCGGAUGGGAUAAUAAAGAAGCUGGGAAAUGUUUGAGUUCUUGCUCUAAAGAUUGGUAUUCUUUCCAUAUAAAUUGUGGCGGUCCCAAAGUUGCGGUUGGAGAUAUAACUUAUGAUGAUGAUCAAGCCUCAGCGGGAUCUACAAACUUUGCUCACCCCAACGAGAAUUGGGUUACCAGUAGUACAGGGGACUUUUGGGAUAGAAACCGAACCAUUUCUGACUAUACAGCAAAUAAUGUAUCUGUUAUAAAGGGAAAUGAAUCCGAACUUUACACGACAGCUCGUGUCUCUCCUUUAUCCUUAACUUACUAUGGACGCUGUUUGGCAAAUGGAAAUUAUACGAUCACUCUACAUUUUGCUGAAAUUGUUAUAAGGGAUAAUAGAUCAUUCCAAAGCCUUGGAAGACGGCUCUUUGAUGUUUAUAUCCAGGGUGUACGCGUCUUGAAGGACUUUGACAUCAAAAGUAUAGCUAAAGGUGUUGAUAUACCCUUGAAACUGAAAUUUAAUGCAACUGUCACAGACAAAACUCUAGAAGUGCGCUUUCACUAUGCUGGGAAAGGAACUACAGCAGUUCCAGUCAGAGGAAAAUAUGGUUCUUUAGUGUCAGCUAUCUCUGUGGUAUCUGGUAAUCAUAAUGCUAUAUAAUAUAAUACUCCUUCUGAACCAAAAGAAAAAAAACUCCUGGUU